AUGGGCCGCGGACUUGCGGCGGUCUUCGAGUCCUCCAGCGCCAGCCUUCCGGGCGCCAAGGGCAAGGCAGAUCCGUCGGCAGUGCUCUCCUCCGCGCAAGCGAACUCGGCGGAGGAGUCCCACUCCUUGAAGGAGUCGCCGCCGAACCAGGCGAGCUACUCCCUGGAGGGGUAUGAGGACCUCUUUCCAGGCUUUCCUCCGCCGGCGCCGCAGCCUGGGCAGCCGGGCUUCGACUUGGAUGCCCCGCCGGAGCUGCUCAGAGCCGCGGCCACGGAAGUACACUGCUCCUGCAAGUGA